UAAACUUCCUGGCUUAUCACAGCCAGAUGACAAUAGACUUCCAGUCUUAUCGCAGCCAGAUGACAAUAAACGUCCAGGCUUAUCACAGUCAGAUGACAAUAAACUUCCAGGCUUAUCACAGCCAGAUGACAAUACACUUCCAGCCUUAUCACAGCCAGAGGACAAUAAGCUUCAAAUUUUAUCACAGCCAGAUGACAAUAAACUUCAAGUUUUAUCACAGCUAGAGGACAAUAGACUUCCAGUCUUAUCACAGCCAGAUGACAAUAAAUUUCCAGUCCUAUCGCAGCCAGAUGACAAUACACUGCCAGUCUUAUCACAGCCAGAGGACAAUAAACUUCCAGUUUUAUCACAACCAGAAGACAAUAAACAUCCAGUCUUAUCACAUCCAGAGGGCAAUAAACCACCAUUGUUAUCACAGUCAGAUGACAAUAAACCACCAGUCUUAGCACAGCCAGAUGACAAUAAACCAUUAGUUUUAUCACAGCAAGAUGACGAUCAACUUCCAGUCUUAUCACAGUCAGAUGAUAAUAAAUGUCCAGUCUUAUCACAGCUAGAGGGUAAUAAACCACCAGUCUUGUCACAAUCAGAUGACAAUAAAUUUCCAGUCUUAUCACAGCCAGAUGACAAUAAAUUUCCAGUCUUAUCACAGCUAGAGGGCAAUAAACCACCAGUCUUGUCACAAUCAGAUGACAAUAAUCUUCCAGUCUUAUCACAGCCAGAUGACAAUGAUCUUCCAGAUGUAUCACAGCCAGACGACAGUAAGCUUCAAGUUUUAUCAUAUCCAGAUGACAAUAAAGUAAUAUCACAUUCAGAUGAGAAUAAGCUUGCAGUUUUAUCACAGCCAAAUGACAAUGAUAUCCCAGUCACAUCACAGCCAAAUGACAAUAAUCUUUCAGUCUUAUCACAGCCAGGUGACAAAAAGCUUCCAGUCUUAUUACAGCUGGACGAUAAUAAACUUCAGAUUUUAUCACAAUCAGAGGACAAUGAGAUGUCAGUCUUAUCACAACUAGAUAACAAUACACGUUCAGUCUUAUCACAGCCAGAGGUCAAUAAACUUCAGGUUUUAUCACAGCCAGAAGACAAUAAGCAGGUUAUCUCAUCACAGCCAGACGACAAUAAAUUAUCACAGCUAGAGGAUAAGGUGAAAGACUUAUCUCAGUCUGAGGAGUCGCAUAAAUCUCAACCACGAAAUAUUGAAUGCUAUGUCUAUUCCCAAAAACAUGGACAAAAUGAGAGCAAAAUGCAGUUAAGAUCUAGUCAUGAAAAUGAAUUUGAGUUCAACAGUUCUAGUCAACCAGUAAAUACAUUGGGGAAUUCUGGUGGGGAAGAUGUAAACCAACGCAUUGUGCCAAACUUUCAUAGAAAAUUACGUUCUAAGAAAAUGAAACCAAAAUAUUAAAGUGAGAAAGUGAAGUUAUGGAGGAUAUAACGCUGACCAUAGCAGAGUAUUUGCAAUGAGACCUUGUGUUUAUAGGUAAAUAGUAAAAGCAGGGUAUACAAAUAGGUCUAGUCAGUAUCCAAUUUUGUGCUAACCACUUUCAUCCCCUUGUUUAUUAUGCCCAUGGACAAUUGGACAUUAAACUGAAAGCUGGGAGUUUAACACACACUUGCUCUAUAAUGGAACUUUUUCUAUCGCAAUCUAGUGAAAUAUUGAAGAACAUGAAGAUACACAUACUGUAGAUGUAUAUUCUGUUCUAGAUGUUUCAUCACUGUUUUAUAUUAGUCAUUGUUUUUUUUAGUCAAAGACAAAUGCA